UUGUCUUUGAACCGAAAUAUUUCAACAAAGAACAGUUUAAAUCGUAGGAACCGAUACAUAUUCGGAAAUGCAUGUUGUUUUCAGUGUCUACAUGAUAAGGCCGUGUACUUUGGCCUGAAGGAGUUUUGGCAGACCAGUUCGAAGAGGAAGGAGGAAGACAACGCCUCACUCUUCUUGAGGUUGUGCUGCCUCUUGCCAAGACUCCCGGCCAAACUGAUCAAAGCUGGGUAUGGUGUGGUCCUGGGUUUUCUAAAGGAUGUUGUGCCACAGUCCGUCUAUCAACGGUGUGAGGAGUUCUCUGAGUAUUUAAACAGCACCUGGGUCAACAAGUCGGACCAGUUUCUCCACGAGCUCUCCGUUGAUGGACGGCACAUCUGCGUCACCAGAAAAGUGAAUGCUGCCGUCAGGGACAAGCACCCAACAUUUUGGAAGUUCCUCCGAAUCAUCAAAGACAUCGAAAAGGACAGCUGGCGGCAGUAUGAUAACACCACAAAAAACAUCACCACCUACAACAAAACUGCCAGCCAGAAAGUGUCCCAUCGUCAGCAUGAGCUCGACAGUGACAUCGAAAACGCUAAGAAGACCUAUGCACACACUGGGAGCAUAAGGGACUUCCUCAUCCUGGCUCAGCCCAGUUUGAGGAAGGACUUUAUGGCUCUUCAGUUUUGUCCAGACGAUGUGCCUGGAGAACCUGUUGUGAUUGAGGCCACUGCUGAGGAUGAGGAGGAUGUUGAUGGUGAUCUUGAAGCCAUUGUGCCUGUCAUACCUGCCUCAGAGGAUGGUGAAGGAGUACCAAGGAACCCUGAAAAUUCAAGGAAAAGAACUGCAAACCUAGACCAUGACAUCACCUUUGAAGAACCUAGUUCGAUUGAGGAGGCCACUGCAGAGGAGAUGGGCAAUGUUGAUGGCAAUCUGCAAGCCAUUGCACCUGCCCACUCUACAGCCGCCCCAACUGCAACCAAAAGACCUUGUUUCACCAGCAGCUUCACAGCAAAUCCCACACCAGAACCUUCAACUUCAACGGGCAUUGACUGUCAGCCUUCAACAUCAACUGCUGCUGCUGCUGAUCUUGUUGAAAUUGAUUUUGACCAGAAUCUUUAUGAGGGUGUAGAAAUGGGGCCAUACGAUAUCUAUUCCUCACCUGCUACUGGAGACUAUGAUGAGCCUUCAUCAUCAUCUGCAGGGGAGCAGGAGCAGCAAGAGUUAGGACCACUCACUAAAGAGCAAACGAUGAAGUUGGGGAAAAGUAGACGGCAGAAGGAGAGGAAGAGACGACUUAAAGACGAAGGAAAGCUCAUCAAAAAGGGGAAGGCCAAGAAGAUUGCGGCUGACAAGCUGAAGAUGAAAGAGAAGAGGAGGCUGAAGAGAGCUCAGCAAAAGACCUAGGUAUAAUUUUCACUUACACUUUAGUCAUUGAUAAAAAGGCCAUACUUCAUAAUUUUGACUUCUUCUAUAGUCUAGUGUCACCAAUGUGCUGGUUAUUUUCAGUGGAGCCCUGCUGCGUCGUCCCUGGGCUGAAAAUUAAAAAGAGUUUGGUAAAAA